UGUUCAUUAUUUUUAUAAAAUGGCUCAUUUGAUUCAUUAAUGUUACUUGUUAGGAUGAAUAAGGAAAAGCAUGCACUAUUCCCAAAAGCGGCCAGAGGUGACCUCUGAAAAUGGUUUGCUAUUCACUUGACCCAGAAAACCCCACAAAAUCAUGCAAAUCAAGAGGUUCAAAUAUUCGUGUUCACUUUAAGAACACUCAGGAAACUGCCCAGGCCACUGAGGGUAUGCAUAUUCGAAAAGCCACCAAGUAUUUGAAGGAUGUCACUUUACAGAAGCAGUGUGUGCCUUUCCGUCGUUACAGUGGUGGAGUUGGUAGGUGUGCCCAGGCCAAACAGUGGGGCUGGACACAGGGUUGGUGGCCCAAAAAGAGUGCUGAGUUUUUGCUGUACAUGCUUAAAAAUGCAGCGAGCAAUGCUGAACUCAAGGGUUUAGAUGUAGGUUCUCUGGUCAUUGAGCACAGCCAGGUAAACAGAGCUCCCAGGAUGCGGUGUAGAACUCACAGAGCUCAUGGGCGGAUCAACCCACACACGAGCUCUCCCUGCCACACUGAGAUGAUCCUCACUGAGAAAGAGCAGAUUGUCCCUAAACCAGAAGAGGAGGUUGCCCAGGGGAAAAAGAUAUUGCAGAAGAAACUGAAGAAACAAAAAUUUAUAGCCCAGGAGUAAAUUCAGCAUAAAAUA